CACCGUGCUCCCUACUCCUGCAUAAUAGCUCUUCCUAACCGCUCACCGGACCAGGUACUCUCUCUUUCUCUCCUGUCGUCUCUCUGAAACCCUACCUGUAUUGCUCUAUUGCUUCCUCUUUCAUACUCUCUCUACAUGUAAAUCCCCCUCUCUCCAUCUCUGCAAACCGUCUCUCUCUGGCUAUCUUUCCUUCUCCCUCUAUAUAUGCAAAUCCCUCUCUCUAUCUCCACAAUAUAUCUCUUGCUCUCCUUUCUCUCUCUCUUUCUCUUUCCUGCGCUUCCUAUCUCUCUGUACUGUCUUCUCUCUGAAGCCCUAACCUUCUCUCUCUAUCUCUGCAAAUCUCUCUUAAAUCCCGAAAUACCUCUCUCUCUGCAAAUCCGAGACUGUGAUCCUCUUACCUGUACCCACUUUUUUUUGUCUCUAACCCCAAGCACUCCUUGAGCCCUACCCAUCGCCUUCACCAAAUGGAAACCGUAGACAUUUUUCAUGACUCACGUUUCUUCUCUUCCUAGCCUGACUGCAAAAGCAGAGCUUUGAGCGCUAGAAACCUUUCUAGGGUCCGCUUGUGCCUGCAUUCUUUUAUCCAUCUUGGGAGUCGCCAUUGCUCUGAGCCACAAGUCUUCUAUAAGAACAAUAGUUCACCAAAAUGAUUACAACUCUGUGCUCUCGAGUUGGUCUCAAAGAGCUAGUGAAAAAUACCUCCUUGUAUGGUCUCCAUGAUGUUCCUGGUAGUAGCAGUGGACCAUUGGGCUUGAUGUUCAAGCGAUGGGCCACAAAGAAGACUGCGGGUUCCACAAAGAAUGGUCGAGACUCCCUGCCCAAGCAUCUUGGGGUUAAGAAAUUUGGAGGCGAGAAAGUGAUUCCUGGAAAUAUUAUUGUCCGGCAAAGGGGCACUCGGUUCCACCCUGGUGACUAUGUAGGCAUGGGCAAGGACCACACUCUCUAUGCUCUAAAGGAGGGGAAAGUUAAGUUUGAGCGACAUAAGCUGAGCGGCCGCAAGUGGGUGCAUGUCGAACCAACUGAGGGUCAUGUUCUCCAUCCCAUUUACAAUAAUGCCGCUCUCAAAUCAGCAUAGAUCACUCGUUCCCUCUUUCAUGUUUGCCUUAUUUGUGUAUCUGAUAGUGUCAUUAUAUGAAUCAAUUCUGGAUGUCGUUGCUCUUUCAAUUCACAGCUGAUUUUUUAUGGCGAGCUGGUUUUGAACUAACAACCUCAAGAUUGCAACAAAGUGCCUUCCAAUUGAGUGAGCAAUGUAUUCAAAUAGUUUCUUAAUAGGCUUAAAUCUAUUCAAGAUC